CCUAUCUCUACUUUAGUACUGCAUCAAAUCUUUUAUUUCUUCUUCUUCUUCGAGUGCGGCGCCGAACCUCUUUCGUUCUUUCGAUUUCGAUCUCUCAAACUAGCUCCAAUCUUUUUCUUUCGUUUUCUCUCUAAAUCUCUCGAUCUAGCUCGAAGAACUACUCUGUGAAUUCAAGAUCUACAUUCUCCAAGCAGCCAUGGAAGAUAAACUAAUUGAUAUGCUUAUUGAAAAGUUGAAUCGCUUUGUUAUUGACUGCAAUUUGAAUUCCUCAACAGAUUUCUUUAACUGGAAUAGAGUCAAAUUAAGGUAUUGUGAUGGAGCAUCUUUUACUGGAGAUAGUGAAAAUGAGGCUGCACGGCUUCAAUUUCGAGGACAAAAAAUAUGGCUAGCUGCAAUAGAGGAAUUGAUGUCUCAAGGAAUGGAUAAUGCCGAACAGGCCCUUCUCUUUGGAUGCUCUGCGGGCGGUCUUGUAUCAAUAAUACAUUACGAUGAGUUCCAGAGCUUGUUACCAAAAUCUUCCAAAGUGAAGUGUUUUAGUGAUGCCGAAUUUUUUCUUGAUGCGAAGUACAAAAAAAUUUGCCAAAAAAUUGUCUCAACAAACUGGACCGAACUUCGUGCUUCUUUCCUCAGAAUUUGGUUGAACAUAUUGAGACGCCAUUGUUUCUACUCAACGUGGCUUAUGAUGUGUGGCAGGAAUAAGAAAAGGAAGAAUAUAUACUCUUGGAAUGGAAUCUAAGCCCGAAUUACCAUAGCUUAUGUUCCUCGUCAACCAAGUGGUUUAGAAUACAUGAAUUUGAGGAAAUGAGAACGAAAAUGUCGAUGAAGAUUAUGACGAGUUUGGUAAUGAUAAUGAUGAGAUAGAUGAUGAAGAGAAGAACUUAGGAUGGCAAGUGACUUUGAAAAUAAUGUUACAUUUUGUUAUGCCAAUUAUUGUCAGAAGUUUAGACUAUUUUAUUGUAUUUUUUUGAUGAAAUUGUCUAUAUUUCUGAUUCGAACUAGUUUCUUGACUUUGGUGUUGUUUGCUGAUGUUAAUUAGUGUUAUUGUUUAUUCUCAGCAAAUGUAAUU